UCUAUAUCUUCCGUACCUUUUUUCUACCUCCUCCUCUCCCGGUCUUCUCUAAAAUAAUCGAGGUACUGAGCUGUUGUAGAGCUACCUUAGCUACAGCGCAUAAGUAGCUUCGCCAUGGCGUCAUCAUUCGAUCUCUUGAAAUAUGUCGAUUUCGACAAGCAGAGUCUACUGAUCUCUGCAGGGUCAAUCGUCUUCAACCCGCUCUUCUGGAACAUCGUCGCUCGUCAAGAAUACCACAACAAGAUCCUCACCCGCCUCUUCGGCGGCAACCGCUACGUCGCAUGCUACGCCCUGGCCGCGACAAUCUUCUCGCUCGGGCUGCUCCGCGACUGGCUGUACAAGGUGGCGCUGUCGGAGCAGCCGUCGCACCCGGCGCUGACGUCGCUCUACGCGCAGGCGGCGGGCUACACGCUGCUCGUCGUGGGCAACGUGCUGGUGGUGUCGUCGACGUGGCGGCUGGGCAUCACAGGCACCUUUCUGGGCGAUUACUUUGGCAUCCUGAUGGACGAGAUGGUGACGGGGUUCCCGUUCAACGUCACGUCGGCGCCCAUGUACUGGGGCUCGACGAUGAAUUUCUUGGGGACGGCGCUCGUGUAUGGGAAGCCGGCGGGCUUGUUGCUGACCGCGGGCGUGUACCUUGUGUAUGUCGUUGCGCUGCGCUUCGAGGAUCCGUUUACGGCGGGGAUUUAUGCCAAGAGGGAGAGGGAGAGGGAGGCGGCCAAGUCUGGGAAGAAGAAGAUUUGAGGGGGUUAACAGAAGAUUUGAGGGGGUUCGGUCGGAUCUAUAUCUGAUUGCCGGUUGGGCAUUGGGGGUCAAGUUUUGUCUGAUGGGCGUGGGGAGAGGCGAGAUGCGAGAUUGGCCGGGUAAGCUAUGGCGUUUUGUGCUAUGGGGAGGGUGAUGAAAGGGGGGAGAGGAUAACAAUAGUCUUUCAACAGACUCGGAUGCAGUUUGUUGGAAGGAUGAGGAAAGGAAGUCGAAAAGGUACGA